AUGGCAAAAUAAGGUUGGGGAUUUUCUGGAAACAAUGUCAAAUUAAAUACAAAUAAUCGGGUGGAAAAGAAGUUAAAUAUUUGGGAAACAGCUGGAAAAGCUGAUGACAUUUAAUAUAUUCCUGAUGCUGAGGAGGAAAAGAAACCUUAAAAUCAGGUUUCAGAUGCUGGAGUGGUUUUAGGUUAAAAGUUAUAAAAUAUUAAUGAAUUGCAGAAUUUAGCAAAAAUAUCAUCCUUGCCUUAACCAGCUGAUGAUAUUGAUUUUAGUAUUUUGACGUAAGUAUUGAGGCCGACAGAAGAAGUAUAAGAAGUUGAUGAAUAGUGGGAAUUUUCGAAAUUAAAAACUGAAAUGCAGGAGAUUGUGAAUAAGCUCUACAGCAAUAAAGCAAAUUCUUGA